AUGGACAUGCACCUGCUUCGGGGCUGCUGCCUCGAGGCAGAGAGAUCUGACUUCGUCUCGUGCCUGCUCGAGGGGUUGUGUCUUGCUCUCAACGACACCAGCGACCCUCAUUUGAAAACAGUCAUUGAGGAGGUCAGAGCCGGCAGCCGGAUCCUCCGCGAGCUGGCAGACCUUUCCCAGAUACACCAAGACCGUGUUCCGCUGAUACUAGAACCUCUCAACAUUGUCCUGCCAUGUCUCUCACGGUCUCUGAGGGACAUUGCUGCAUACUACGGCGACCGGACGCGGCCAAGGGCCAGCCGAUGGCGGAACAUGUAUCACAAGAUGACCAACGAGGCGGGAGGUCUCCCCUUGCCUGGGCGGUUCAUCGUUUACAACCAACAUCUGAGCUUAGUGCGGGCCUUGUUGAUUCGGUCGCCGAAUUUCGACCUGAACAUGAUGGAGAAGCUUCGUCUUCAGAUCAUGCAGCUUCGUGAAGCAAGAAGCAUACCGCCGCCUUCGAUACAAGCUGGACCUCUUGUCCGCUACAACACAUUGCCACUUUAUGACGUGGACCCCAUGACGCAGACAUCACACUGGGCAGAGCACAUCUUCUCUCUCCCCUUGCCGUCUCGGACUGCUCUCGAGCGUCGAUGUCUGUCCAAGUCUUUGGGUCCCCAUCGUCCCUGGGGUCAUCUCGACAUCCCAAUACACUGCAAGACCCUGUUCCGAAGAUCGUUCAAUGACGAUGGGAUAUCUUUGACUGUAUACCUGAGCGGGAGGGAUAACUCGCCCUACUUGUCGUUGAGAAUCCUUGAAAAUGGAAACCCCUGGUUCUCAGUGCGCGGUGCCCAUGAGCUCUGCGUCAAGCGGAGGGAAAGCUCUCUACAGUUCAAGCGAUGGAGCCGCACAGAAGGCCACUCGAAAGUUUGGGCCGUUCUCUGUUUCAUGACAUGGGAAGAUCUCGUACUCAUGCACUCUACGUUUAUCUCUUUGAAGGCCCGCAACCGCCUGACUAUCAGUCUCAGUCCUGAAGAAUACGAGCUUUGGGGCGAGGAAGCACUCUUCCAGGCGUGCAUCGACGAUGACGGCUUUAACCAUUGUCUCAUGGUGUUCCGGGACCGCCCAACUGGGGGCCUCCGCCUCCACGCUGCUGUUUGGGACGGGGAGCUGCACGGCUGCCCCGUCUGGACCGCCUUUGUAACGCAUCAGUCUGCCUCGCCCACCUGGCUCAAGCGCAUCUCGCGCCACAGGGUCUGCCUGGCCGACGUGCAGCUCUACGUUUUCUGUCAUCAGUACCGGCAGCAGAAUCAGCGCCGAGGGCCUGCUGGGGCCUUUGAGAUUAGGUUCUUCAGCGACGAAGGUGAGCGAGAUCUUGGACGCUGCUGA